CCUCCGGCGAGUAUAGGCAGCAGCGAAGAGAGUCUGUCCUCAGUUUCCGCUGGUUUCGCCGUUUCUGCAAAACCCUAGCGCGCCACUGUUCUCUGCAACGAAGAAGAAGAAAGAGGAGAGAAAAUUUGAAUUUGAUUGAUAAUCGCAGAGACCCAUUUCAAUGGCGAACAAAGCCGAAGCAUCAGUGUCCGUGAAGGACGCUGUGUACAGGCUCCAGAACAUUCUGCUCGAUGGCAUCACCGCCGAGGCUCAGCUAUUCGCCGCCGGCUCGAUCAUGUCUCGCGGCGACUACGAGGACGUCGUCACCGAGAGGUCGAUCACGAACCUCUGCGGGUACCCCCUCUGCCCCAAUCCGCUGCCCUCGGAUCGCCCCCAGAAGGGGCGAUACCGGAUUUCGCUGAAGGAGCACAAGGUCUACGAUCUUCAUGAGACCUACAUGUACUGCUCGUCGGGGUGCGUGGUCAACAGCAGGACGUUCGCGGGGACCCUGCAGGACGAGAGGUGCUCGGUGCUGAACCCGGCGAAGCUCGACGAGGUCUUGAGGCUGUUUGAUGGGUCCAGUUUGGGGCGGAAGGAGGAGGAGGAUGAUGGGGAUUUCGGGCUUUCGAAGCUGAAGAUUCAAGAGAAGGAGGAGGUUAAGAGCGGGGAGGUGACUACGGAACAGUGGGCAGGUCCUUCAAAUGCGAUCGAGGGUUACGUACCUCAGAAAGAGCGUAAGCCUGCACCACGCCGGUCGAAAGCUCAGAAAGAAGGACCUAAGCCUAGCAAAGCAAAGGUUGAUAAAACCAAUCUUAUCAUCAAUGACUUCGACUUUGUGAAUACUUGUAUCACUCCAGAUGAAUACAGUGUCUCAAAAUUACCACCGAGUUCGGUGGGGACAGCUUCCAGUUCGAAGUUAAAUGAAUCAAAGGAAGAGGGUAGUCAGGUGGACUCAAGGGAUCAGUCUGCACAGAAACAUAGAAUUUCUAAUGAAAAAUCAGUCGAAUUCAGAGAGAAGAGUAAGUGCAUUUCCACAGCAGAUGCUCCUUCGACUUCGAACGCUUGCCCACCCUGUUAUGUUGAACCAAUUGGUGAAUUGGGUGAUGAUGUUGAAAUUGUAUAUGGGAAACUGAGUUCAAAUGGGCUUAAGUCUUCUCUCAAGUCUGUGGGUGCAAAGAAAGCUAAUCGUUCUGUUACAUGGGCUGAUGAGAAAGAAACCAAGACGAGGAAUAGAAAUCUCAGCGAUGUUAGAGAAAUGGAAGAUACUGAAGCUGGUCCUGUGAUGUCAGACGAUGAAGGCAUUGAAGACGAGGGACAUUUGUUGCAAUUCUCAUCAGCUGAAGCAUGUGCUAUGGCAUUGAACCAGGCAGCAGAGGCUGUUGCCUCUGGCAAAUCUGAUGUGUUAGAUGCUGUAUCGGAUGCCGGUUUAAUAAUAUUACCUCCUGCACAUGAUGAGGAGGAAGAUGAGUCUGCAGAGGAUCCUGAGACUGUGGAAGUGGAUUUAGCUGCUGUGAAAUGGCCGAGAAAACCCAACAUUCCAACUUCUGAUUUGUUUGAUUCCGAAGAUUCAUGGUUUGAUGCUCCACCAGAAGGAUUUAGUUUGACAUUAUCGCCUUUCGCCAGUAUGUGGGGUGCUCCUUUUUCAUGGGUAACGUCAUCUUCUUUAGCUUACAUAUAUGGGCAAGAUGAGAGUUUUCAUGAGGAAUACCUCUCAGUUAACGGAAGGGAGUACCCACAGAAGGUUGUGCUCGCAGAUGGUCGCUCUUCUGAAAUCAAGCAAACCCUUGCGGGCUGUCUUGCUCGGGCUUUGCCUGGACUGGUUGCUGAUCUCAGGCUCCCUAUACCAAUAUCCACUUUGGAGCAAGCACUGGGGCGCUUGUUGGAUACCAUGUCAUUUGUCGAUGCUCUCCCCUCAUUCCGAGCUAAACAAUGGCAAGUGGUUCUUCUUCUAUUCGUUGAUGCUCUCUCCGUUUCCCGUAUUCCUGCACUUACUGCGCACAUGACUAACAGGCGGGCCUUGCUUCACAAGGUUUUAAAUGGUGCACAGAUAGGUGUUGACGAGUAUGAAAUUAUGAAGGAUCUGCUCAUUCCUCUGGGUAGGGUCCCUCGUUUCUCAGCACAGAGUGGGGCGUAGAGAGUGAGUCAGUGGUCAGCAAAUUAUCAGGUACCUGAAGCUGCUGCUUGAGAUGUAUGUUUGCAUUAUUCCAGUUGUCCAGGUAUAUUUCUUCCAUAGAUCUGCGGGAGGGUUCUUCCUGAACUGAAAUGAAAUCUUGAUGAAGAUGAAGAUGUAGAUGAAGAUGAACCUUGAUCUCAAGAAAACAAAAGGAAAAACAGUCAGAAUGUGGUUGAGAUGGAGGACUGACGGACCUGCAUGUAUAAUUCCAGAAUGUCGUUCUGCUAUUUAUCCUCUUAAUGGCGUUUUUCCACAGAUCAAUUUCAGCCAUCGAUAGGCGGAGAUCUGUCUCAUGGGCAUAUAUGUUUUCCAGUUGAAAGUUUCAAAUGGUGUAAAGAAGACCGGGAUUUUUGUGACUUGUUUAUGCAUUCAUGAACAAGGUCUUCUGCAACAAUAGAGGUCUCUUUUGGACUUGUCAUGGUGAUUGUGUUGGGUCCUCAUUUGAGUGGCGUGUUGUAUACGUGCUUGCUAUUGAAACUCGGAGAAUAAUACGAACUGUGCUUGAUGACAAUUUAGAAUUUAUGGUAAUUGGUGGCUGGUGCUGUCUUCUGAUCGGAA